UCCUGUGGCUCUUACCCCAAAGAUGCUGCCGCUGCUGCUGCUCUCCCUGCUGUGGGCAGGAUCCCAGGCUCAGUAUGGGAGAUUCCAGCUGCAAGUGGAAUCUGUGACAGUGCAGGAGGGCCUGUGCAUCCGAGUGCCCUGCAAUGUCUCCUACCCUGCAUAUGGAUACACUGACUCCGACCCAGCUCACGGCUACUGGUUCCGAGAAUGGGAAUAUCAGCACCAGCGUACGCUUGUGGCCACAAACAACCCAGAUCAUGAAGUGCAGGAGGCGACCCAGGGCCGAUUCCACCUCCUUGGAGACCCCCGGGUCUACGACUGCUCCCUGGACAUCAGAGAUGCCAGGAGGAAGGACUCGGGGACAUACUUCUUUAGGAUAGAGAGAGGGUUUUAUGCGAAAUAUGAUUACAGAGAGAACCCACUCUCUAUACGUGUGACAGCUCUGACACAGACACCUGAUGUCCACUUCCAGGGGACUCUAGAAUCUGGCCACCCCAAGAACAUUACCUGUGCAGUGCCAUGGGCCUGUGAGAGGGGGACGCCCCCCACCUUCUCCUGGAUCGGGGUCUCCCUCACCUCCCUGGGCCCCAAGACUGCCCACUCCUCGGUGCUCACCCUCACCCCGCGGCCCCAGGACCAUGGCACCAACCUCACCUGUCGAGUGACCUUCCCUGGAGUUGGCGUGAGCUCAGAGAGGACCAUCCGGCUCAACGUGUCCUAUGUGCCCCAGAACCUGACCAUCAGCGUUUUCCGGAAAGAAGGCACAGGACCUGAAGCUCUGGGCAACGGCUCAUCUCUUCCAGUCCAGGAGGGCCAGUCCCUGCACUUGGUCUGUGACACUGAUGGCAACUACCCUGCCAAGCUGAGCUGGUCCCGGGGAAGCCUGACCCUGUGCCCCUCCAAGGCUUUGGAUCCUGGGGUCCUGGAUCUGCCCCGGGUGGUCUUAGGGGAUGGAGGAGAAUUCAUCUGCAGAGCUGAGCACGCUUGGGGCUCCUACCAUGUCUCCAUGAACCUAGUUGUGAAGGGUGUCUCCUCUUCCUUCCCCCACACCUCUGGGGAGCAGCAGGGCUCCUGGCCUCUAGUCCUCACCCUGCUCAGGGGGGCUCUCAUGGGGGCUGGCUUCCUUCUCACCUGUGGCCUCACCUGGAUCUACUACACCAGGUUCAGAGACUCCCAAGGGAAUAGGGCUGAAAGGGCUGCUGUCACUGAGCCCCUUCCUCCCGGCAGUGCUCAGGUCUGGGCUCCAGAUCCCUGACAAAUGGAUGAGGAUCCAUCAGACCACUGUGUCUGAGACCCUCCCCGGCACAGCUUUGUGGAGCAAGGAGGCGCUGCAUGACAUGGUCCUGCCUCCUCUCCAGAAAUGACCCUUCACCUCUGGUGUCCAGGACUCUUCCUGAUGGUUCUAAACGAAUGCUUGGAGGACAUGUGAGGAGAUAGAUAUUUUCUAUUAUUAAUUUGAGUUACAGUUCAUGUAAUAUGUUGCUUCUGCAUGCUUAACUUAACGUAGUUUUGAUAAGCACAUAAUUCAACCCCCGGUAUAUUGUUAUAAACCCCAUAAUAUAUUAUUAUUUU